UAUAUAAACAACAAACAUUUUUAGAACCGUUUCAAAGACAGAACGGCGGUAGACUAUGCAACAUCGGAGCUUUGGAUGGAAGUAAUUUAACGGAAAAAGUCGUUAUUAUAAAAAAAUAUAUACGGUGCGGUAGAAAAGAGUUGACAUUUUUUUAUGUCUAUAUGUAUUGUUUAUAAGACCACAAUUUGUGAAGAACCUUUUUUUAAAAUGUCACCGAAAUCCAUAUGCUAUGGACUUUUGUUGAUUUUUGUGUUCAUUUUAGCGGUGAAUGCCGCUUGUGUUUGCCAAGAGAAAGGCGUCGAUUACUGUGCCAAGUGCAAGGAACCCACAUUCGUGCGGCCUAAACCACGUCAUGGCUGUCUCAAUCCAGAGUUGGACCUCACACCCAUCGGCAACAGCUGUUCCUGCGACAAGCUAUUCGUUGAACCGGCUGCAUUGCCCAAGCCAUGCAGUAAUAAAAAGCCAGCACCGAAAAAUUCAGUAUGUAAAUGCUCAGCGCAGUCGCCAAGUGCUAGUUACUAUCCACCAACACCAACAGUUUAUGAAACACCGAAAAUAGGUGACUAUUAUAAGCCAGCACCACUGCCAUCAACACCAUCAUUAUCCUACAAAUCGUCAUCAUGCGGUUGCUCGUCGGCGUCGACAAUUCCCGCAUAUCCUUUACCUGAUGCAAGUUAUGCGCAACCAAGCGACAGCACAGUACCUGCCGAUCCGAUAAGCAUAAGUCUGGCUUUGCAGGCUAAUAAAGCGAUAGCAGUGCCAGAAGCCAAGCUGGCCUAUGGUUUUGCGAAGAAGCCGAUUGAUAGUAUGAAGAAAAUCACCUUCUCCAAUGUACCAGAGGAAAAUCUCUUCAAACUGAAGAAUAAUGUUAUUACAUUCAAAAAACCAAAGCUUACACCAGCACCACUGUCGGAAGAGGAAGAAGUCGACGAAGAAGAAUUAGUGGAAACAGCAGAUACUCCUGCACAACUUACGUACCAGCAAUUGGGUUAUGUGCCGGAAAAUUUUAAGAAUCCGAAAUUUCGUAAAGUCAGUACAGUUUAUAGUGACGAUUAUUAUUCACAUGAAGCCGGUUACCCGUUACCGUAUAAAGUGAAGGUGGAUUGUGGUUUUAAACCCGGACGCAUGGCGGCGUACUUCAAACAAAAACCACAAAAUGAGCCGGCGGCUUAUUACUAGUGGUUAUCAAAUCGCAAAGCUAAGAACUUGCUAUUUUAUUUUCUUUAAAUGUGUAGUAGUUGCAUGUAUAUUUUUCAUAAAACCCCUCCGUUAGACUAAGUUCGU